GCCAAAUGCCAAUGUGCCCCGCGACACGCGGAUGUGGGCACCCUGCACACGGUCCGGCGCCAGGGCAACUUCCAUGAUUGACUGAAGAAACACACGCGCCUUCCCAUAUGACCGCAAGAAGUACAGCUCGACUUCGACAUCUCAGAUCGACUAUCGCCCCGCCUCAACAGCAACUGACACUUUCGCGCCGAUCCACCAACAUGGCCAAUAUUCACACACCAAUCCCCAACCUCAAACUCAAUGAUGGCAAUAGCAUUCCCAUGCUGGCCUAUGGCACGGGCACUGCUUGGUACAAGACUGGAGACGAGUCUAAGCUCGAUCAGGCAUGCAUAGACUCGACCAAGACCGCCAUAAAGUUAGGAUACUACCACCUCGACGGAGCGGAAGUCUACAAAACAGAGACAGAGCUCGGCACCGCGAUCAAGGAGAGCGGAGUGUCUCGUGAUAAACUAUUCAUCACUACCAAGGUCAUCACGAACAUUCAAGACAUUCCAUCGGCCAUCAGGACGAGCUUGAAGAAACUGCAGGUCGAUUAUGUUGACUUGUAUCUGAUCCACGCUCCAUUCUUCGCUGAGUCAAAGGAGGACCAACAAGCCAAGUGGAAGCAAAUGGAGGAGGUAAAGAACCAGGGUCUGGCCAAAUCGAUUGGUGUCAGCAACUACCUUCCUGAACACCUCGAUGCCAUUCUCGAGAACUGCACGAUUCCUCCCGCAAUCAAUCAGAUUGAGUUCCAUGCCUACCUUCAGCACCCAGAUUUGCUCAACUACCACAAGCAAAAGGGCAUCGCCACCGCAGCGUACGGCCCACUUACCCCAGUCACAAAGGGUGCUGGUGGUCCGGUCGAUGGCAUUGUGGCAUCUCUGUCGAAGAAGUACGCCGUUAACCCUGGCGAGGUCUGUCUCCGAUGGUGCAUUGACCAGGACGUUGUCGCGAUCACGACCUCGUCGAAGGAGCAACGACUGUCUGACUACCUCCGUGCCAUGACCUUCAAGCUGACGCCUAAGGAGAUUGAGAUGAUCAACGAGGAAGGGAGCAAGAAACAUCUUCGUGGCUUCUGGAACCACAAGUACUCGGAUGACGAUCGUCGAUGAGCAAGUCUCGCUCACUGUGCAGGUCGAGCGACAGAGGCCACGAGUGCGACAGAUUCUAGUUCGACAGAUUUUGCCAACCCAAAGUAAGCAGCCGAAAGCUCAACUCUCUGAGAAGAGACAGGUAUUUCUGCUCAACAGUUUUGACUUUCUCGCAUCACUGCACAGAGUCAUAAGAGACACGAGUGCCCUCUGGCACCUGGCUCCUACCAUCUACUCUCGCUCAGCAUUCCUCGUC